ACGUCCUGGAUGUGCUGCACUGUAGUGGGCGGGGUUAAGUGAUCAUGUGACACUGCUGAAGAGCCGCCGCCAUGUGGCUCUGGAGGUCUUCUGUCUUGUUAGGUCUCGUCGGGAGCAAAGGAGUACUGAGAGGCAUGUGUGCGCAAGUGGGAGAUUGGCAAACAGCCAAGUCUAUCUAUGAGUUUUCUGCUACAGAUAUAGAUGGUAAUGAAGUCUCACUGGAAAAAUACAGAGGAUUUGUUUGUAUAAUCACAAAUGUGGCCUCUAAAUGAGGAAAGACCAGGGUAAACUACACUCAGCUAGCGGGAAUGCACGCCUCCUAUGCUGACAAAGGUUUACGCAUCCUGGCUUUUCCAUGCAACCAGUUUGGAGGACAGGAACCAGGAACAGAGGCUGAGAUAAAGGAGUUUGCCAAAGGCUACAAUGCUGAAUUUGAUAUGUUUAGUAAGAUUGAAGUCAAUGGAGACAAUGCCCACCCUCUCUGGAAGUGGAUGAAGGCUCAGCCAAAAGGCAAAGGAACCCUCGGGAAUAACAUCAAAUGGAACUUCACAAAGUUUCUCAUAAACCGAGAUGGGCAAGUGGUGAAGAGAUAUGGCCCCACAGAUGAUCCAAGUGUGGUGGAAAAGGAUCUGCCCUCAUACCUGUAAACAUGUUUUAAGUGUUGGCCUUUCAUAUGAACUUUAAGGUGCAGCAGUGUGUGUGUCUGACCUAUGACGGCUUGUCUGUAAACCCUACUAUGGGGAAGACUAGCCUGAUUUUAAGCGUGCAACUGAAACAGAGCUCACCUGCAUCCACCACCUUCCCUGUUCAUGAGUGAGGCCACAAGUUCUACUUUGAUUACAUUUAAAGUAAAGGCAUUCCUUCACCCAGAGUAAAUAUACUUGUCACAACUCUUUGAAUUAAGCCAUGUUUUUUGUCUUCAGAAACAUUAAAAUUAAAUGACACAUUUGCACUUUUAUGCACUGCAUUUAAUAGAUGUGCGAUUCUGUUGCUUGAAGAGUUAAAGGUGGCAUUGAUUUUGUAUGAAUUACAAAGUGAUAACCUGUUAACUAAUAAACACUGAAAAUGA